AUGGCUUCCGGCCAUGGUGGAUCUUUAGCACGAGGUGCAGGCAGCGCUCAGGGCGGCGCACCAGGUUCCCCACCACGACCUACGGAGGGGCGAGUAGGGGAUGGACCUGGAGGAGCCGGCGCUUGCUUCGUGGGGGGGUUUCUUUUCUUAGCGGCGCCGACAUCUCGUCACUCUUUCCGUUACGACGACCCUCGACCCCCUCCUUCAGGGCAGACGCGGCCGGAGAGUGGCAGUAAGGAGGAGGAUGAGGAGGAGGAGGAAGAGGAGGAGGAUGAGGAUGACGAGGGGAGCGGGGAUGACAGUGAGGCCGGGUGGGACCCAGAGACGCAUGGCGGUGGGGAGGGGGGGGAUGAUGAUGAAGACCAUGAGAUGGAUGGGUUGGAGCCAGAGGAGGUGGAGGAGGAGGUGGGAGAGGGUGGUGGAGGGGCGACGACAGAGGCGGGAUCACAGCAUGUGCGUGAAGGCGGAGGGAGCGUGGGGGUUAAAGUGGGGAGAAAGGCCGCGUCUAUUAAGGCGCCGAGGCGAAGGAAGAGGGCGACCAAGUUGAGGGAGCGUGCGUAUCCCUGCACGUUCACUGGGGCGCCCUUGGGCGAGGGUGUGAUCGCUCCGGAGUUCCUAGAUGAGGACGGAGGGUCCGAGAGUAGUAAGGGGACUGCUAAGGUGGGGAACAGGAAACCGAGGUGGCAAGUACAGAUGUUCGGACCGAAAGGGACAGACGAGAAGCGUCAGUGCAAGAUUUGCACUGACAGGAUUUUGUGGAAGCAAUCCACAACAACACCCGGCGAGCGGCACUUCGAGAGCUACCACACAACGCACAUGCACGUGUGGUACCACCUUUACCACACCCCGUCCGUUCAGUUGCCAGGGGAGACGAAGAAAGGGAAGGCGGAUGGUGGAGGUCAGGGGUCGGGCGGGAUCGAGCGGUUCAUGACAACCAAGCUUACCUCGGUGGAGCUACGGCAGGCGAUCGCCAAGCUGGUGGUCACCUGCGACCUCCUCUUCCGCAUCGUCGAGGCCGAGGCUUUUCGGGAGCUAUUGAUCCUGCUAAACCGCCAAUGCGCGCAGAAGAACUUCAUCCCCUCGCGCUGGACGGUUUCCCGCGACACUGUGGUCUAUGCAGCAGCCGCUCUUCAGUCAGCCAUUGCGGAGAUGCUGGCGAAGGAGGGGGAGUUGGGGUGCAAGGUGCCGAUCACCAUCGACAUGUGGACGGCACCCAACAACAGGGCGUGGAUAGUGGUGACAGGUCAUUGGAUAGACGAGAACUUCCAGCUGCGCACAAUGGUGCUCGAGUUCCACGAGAUGCACGGGCGGCAUGGGGGCAAGGAGAUGGCGAGGGUGGUUGAGGACACGGUGGUGCAGUGCUUGGCACACGUGAUCAACCUUGCAGUGAAGGCAGCUCUCGCUGUGGCUGCCAUCCGCAAGUUGUUGAAGGUUCUGAGAGAGAUGGCCUCGUGGAUUGGCUUCUCGCCGCAGCGCUCAAGGAAGUUCUUGGGCCUUCAGCGGACCUUGAACACGCAGGCCAACCCCGCCAAACCGAAGCCGGCGUUGAAGCUGGUGCAGGACAGUCCCACGCGCUGGGGGUCGACCCACGACAUGGUCGAGCGAGCCGAGCACUUCCAUAUAACACUGUUGGCCAUGCUUAUUGUAUGUUAUCGGACCCCAACAACCUCCAUAACCCCAGUUUCCCUCUUACCACCCGCCAAACCAAACCCCUCUACCCGACAGGGCUUGUCGAAGGCUGACAAGAAGGUGGAGAGCCUGUGCCUGACGGACGCAGACUGGGAGACCCUGCAUGCUGUCAAGACGUUCCUCAGCCCAUUCGCCAAAGUUUCAAAGGCGGCAGAGGGGGCGGCGUACCCUACAGUGUCGAUGGUGGUCCCGUACUACAACGGCCUGAUCGACGCUAUGGAGUCGCGCCUUGCCAAGGGGCCAUCGGCUACGCUGAAGCCGAUGAUUGAGGCGGCGCUGGGUCUCUUGAAGAAGUAUGAACUGAUGUCCAACAACGAGUUGUGGAUUGCCACCUUCCUGGACCCUUCCACGAAGGCGGCGUGGUUUGACGACGCGCACUGGGAGACGCUGCAUCCCGAGACCGAGCGGAGGGUGAGGCCGCGGCCCACGUCAGGCGAGGUGAUCCAGCUAGUACGCGACCGCGUGGCCGAGUACCUGGCCCGGGCUGCAGCGCUUGCACCCCGGCCGACCCCACUUGCCCCCGUGACGGAGGAAGAGGAGGGGGACGAGGCGGAUGACGACGAAGACGCGCAGUGUCUCCCUAGUCGGAGACGACUUGCGGCGCGUCUGUCAGCGAGCCAGGAGGCGGGGAGGGGCGGGAUGGUGCAGGAUGACGAGGUUAGCAGGUACUUGUCCAGGAGGGUGCGGUGCGACAUGACAGCGUUGGAGUACUGGCGCACCGCCACCAACAUGCAGACGCUGAGGCGCAUGGCCCGGGAUUAUCUUGCCAUCCCUGCCACGUCCGCUUCGAGCGAGCGCGUGUUCUCUCUUGGCCGCAACCUCAUCUCCUGGAAGCGGCACCGCCUGGCCUCUCAGAGGACGCGAGCUGUCAUGAUUCUCAGAUCAUGGUACAGUUCACACCCUGGCCAGAGGAUAGGCGAGGGCCGUUGUGCAAGAGGCGUCGCACUACCAGAUUUUGCCAUUGAAGGCGAGGGGGAGGAGGAGGACGAGGAGGAGGAGGAGGAGGAGGAGGAGGAGGAGGAGGAGGAGGAGGAGGAGGAGGAGGGAGGAGGAGGCGGAGGAGGGUGUGGGUGCUGGCGACACAGCUGGCGGGGAGGAUGCUUUUGUUGGUAG